AUGUCCUCCAUCAUUCCAACUACGAUCAAUUUCAUCACUGGAAAUAAGAACAAGCUUGCUGAAACCAGAGCAAUUUUGGGUGACGUGGUGCAGCUUUCAAAUCAAAACAUAGAUAUCCUUGAAAUUCAGGGUUCUCUUGAAGAAAUUGCGCGAGACAAGUGUCAAAAAGCAGCUAUAGCAGUCAAUGGUCCUGUCUUGACAGAGGAUAGUGCCCUUGAAUUCAGGGCACUCAAAGGUCUACCUGGGCCGUAUAUAAAGUGGUUCUACUCUGCUCUAGGCGAUGAUGGCCUGUAUAAACUGCUCGCAGCUUAUGACGACAAAGCAGCUACGGCCGUCUGCACAUUCGCCUUCUCCGCUGGUCCGGGAUCUGAGCCUCUCCUUUUCCAGGCAUAUACGGAAGGCAAGAUCGUUCAGAAAAGGGGGCAAAGUGGAUUUGGUUUUGACCCCAUAUUUGAAGUUGACGGCCAAACCUAUGCGGAAAUGAGUCCUACGUACAAGAAUACGGUUUCUGAGAGGUUCAAAGCUCUAGAGAAGUUGCAGAACUGGCUAAGGAAUACA